AAGCGAGUCGGUCGUUUGACUCUAUAGCGGUAUAUUUUGAUGUUUCGGUGAACUUCAUCGGCAAGUGAAUAUAUUGUGAAGCUUUUUUUGAGUGUUAAAAUAGUUUUAAUUUACUAAUUUCAUUUGAUAAACUAAUUGUUACAAAAAACUUUUUCAUGUCAAACCGGCGACUAAGUUUUUAAAUGUCAAAUAAGAAAUAACAAUUUAGAGUUGUCAAAUGUCAAUCCUAUCGCUUUUUAUUAUUCUAAAUUCUAAUCAGUUUUUGCAGAAUUCCGAGCCGUGUAGGUUGUAGAUUUUUGAAUUUUAUUUAUUUGUAUUAUGAAGAUUGGAUAAAAAAUUCCUCACAUAACUUCACUCUUUCUCAUCUCAAGGUAUAAGUGUCUACUAACAUAAUGGAGGACGGUAUAAACAAACCAUACAAAAUAUGUGAUGUGAAUCGCGAAAAGAAGAAAGGAAUUGUGGCUUCUACAUUAGAAGACUUGUUGACUAAAGUCCCAGAGAAACUUGGUUUGCCCUCUGAAAACUUAACUGUAGUGUUGGAAUGCGAUGGUACUGAGGUAGAUGAUGAGGAAUACUUCUUCACUUUAGAUCCCGAUACUUCUCUCAUGAUUUUACAUGGAACUGAAAAGUGGGCACCUAAUAUGCCAAAAUGUCAAGUAUCAUUAGACCAAACUGAUGAAGGUUCUCUUGGAGAUAAGACCCAAGUUGCAAAUCUGGUGGGACGGCUUCAGCAUAACUUAUGUCACAUUUCCUUGUUAGGGGGUCAAGACUUAGAAUUACUGUCAGAUAUGGAUCCAGAUAGUCUAGCCGAUAUUGUGACAGACAGGGACAACAGAAUAAUUCUAGAACACAUUAAGGAAGCCUCGGGAAGGAUAUUGCUUGAGAAAAGACAAGCUCAAGAUGCAAUGGAGUUACUGAAGUUAUACCAUCAGAGUGUAUCAAAUGGUACUGAGGAUGUAUCACCACCAAGCCAAGAGCGUGUAUAACUGUAAUAUCUACCGAAUAACCCUAGUAUAACCCUUACUAAAUUUCUUUAAUGGGAUGGUGUAUCUCAAAAGUUUACAGACUUGCUUAUACUAUAAAAAGAUGCGUCUAUAGCUAUAAAACACCAAAAUUAAGGAGGCCUUUUUAAACGCUAAUACUUAUAUAGAAUGUUUUAAAGUCCUUAGUUAGAUUCAUUAUACAAAUUAUUUAAAUGACAGGAUUUGCAUUGUUUAGCAUAGGUGUAAGUGCAGUAGUUAAUAUAAUAUAAGAAGCUAAUCUUAUGAAAUUGAGCUGUAAUUGAAUGUAUGGUCAUUCUAAAUGUAAAUGAUAGUUAUAAAAUUCCAUUUUACACCUUUGUAUUGUAGUUUGGUGUCCAGUGUCAUAAUAAUCAGUGUAACACAUAAAGAUGAACUCUGUUUUAAAAUUGUGUUAUGACUAAUAUAUCUGGAUUCAAAUUUAUUUGUCUGUAACAUUCUAUAUAUACCUAAAUAAUUUAUAGGCAUUUAUAAUUUUAAGUUUGUUUUAGUCUUACCGCUGCAUAUAUUGAAAUUAUUUUAAUUGCUAAACACUAAAGUUAAUAUUUAAUACAUGACAAUAGAUGUGCUAGGCAGUAGUAAGUUACUAUUUCUAGGUUUUUAUUUCUUUUUUUUUUGUAAACUUUUGAGAGAAAAAAAUGGGAUAAGGUUGAUAAUCAACAUCAAUUUAAAAGACUGAUAGUUGGUAAAUUUCAUUUUUUAUAUAGUUUUACCCCUAGAAUUAAGAUUUAUUCAUUUAAUUCCAAAUUUGCUCAACAAUUUACAAGUUUAACAUAAGUUAUACCCAUACUUUAUUCCACUGCCGUAAAAAUGUACUUUUGCUUAGACCUUAAGAAUACAUUGAUCAAGGAAUUGUAAGUUGGUAUUGUUAGAAUUUAAAGAAUUUGAUGUCUUUACUAUGUUGCUUGCAACUCCAAAUAAUUCAGUCCCUUUUUUAUUACCAUAGGUGUAACUCUCCCAAUAAACAUAAUUUCUGUGUGUAAAUUUAUUAAUUUUAAUUAUAUGGUGUUGUUUGUAAAUAAAAUAGAGUAACAGCCAACUAGACACAACAUAUAGGUAUCAAUCAACAUUAUAUAAAACCAUUGGAAACACUAUAAAAUUUCUUAUAAGACUCAAAAAUUUGUCUAAGAAUUAAAAUCUAUACAUUGUAUUUAAAUAUAAAGUCCAUUUCCAUUUAUAUAGCACUCUCUGCAGUAAAAAUUAUUACUAAUUUAUAACACAAAUUUUACUAUUCAUACAAUACCAAUUAUUAGUACUAAAAAUGACUACUAUUCUUUAAAUUAGUUGUCAACAAAUCAUUUUUGCAAUAACAUUGUAUCCCAUGUAGAUGGAACCCCUUGUAAACGAGUUAUUUUAAAUCUUAGAAUUAUCAACAUAGAUUAGAAAGCAAACUGCUCAAUCUUCUUCAAUGUUUGUGUAAAAGUCUGUAAAAUUGUAGAAUGUAUUAUUAUGUAGAUCAUAACAAUAAAG